CUUCGAACUGACGCCAGCAAAAGAGCACCCGACCCAGGAUUUUAAUCUGUUUGAAAACCUUUGGUGUUUCUUCAAAUAUGAGAGAGAAGAUGGAAUUCACAGAAAUCAUUUUGGAAGACCACAGGAGAGAGGAGAGUAAGACAGAUUUUGUUAACCCAGCCUACCAGCCUGACAAUACAAUCGAAGAACAAGAGGAUCAAGAACCUGGAAAACAUGUGAAAGCUAAUCCACUGAAUAGAUCAGAGAGCUGUGCCUGGGAUGAGUUUCUGUGCGAUGAUGGCCGCUGUCUCUUCACCACCUUUAACUGCAACAACUUUUAUGAUUGUUUGGACAAGACUGAUGAGCUGAACUGUGCUGAUCACCAACAUGAUUGCGGUGGGAUUUUGACUGAUCUGGAAGGAUCUCUGGCCACUCCGAAACAUCCUGAGCUGUAUCCACACAGGCAAGUGUGUGUGUGGCACAUCUCAGUUCCUCAGGGUCAUGUAAUUCAGUUGCUAUUCCACAACUUUAGCCUGGAGCUUGCCGCUGACUGUCGAUAUGACUUUGUGGAGGUACAUGACCAGCUUAGCAGCAGUCCCAGCAGCCUUAUGGGCAGAUACUGUGGGCACUCACUCCCUCCGAUUCUGACAUCCCCCCGACACGAGAUGCUUGUUCUUUUUGUUGCUGAUGAGGAAGAAUCAGACGUGGGAUUUGUUGCCACCUACCAAUCAAUAAACAGGAGUGAGGCAACAUGCAGCCCUCAUGAAUUCAGAUGUGUAGAUGGGCAGUGUGAAGCGAUGCAGUGGGUGUGUGAUGGUUGGAAUGACUGCUCAGAUGGGAGUGAUGAGAUGAACUGCAGUGGUGUUGCUGAUCUCUCUUAUGAAACUGAUUGUCAGAAGAUAGAGGUGGAGAUGUGUCAAGGCCUCAGUUAUAAUGAGACUUUGUUCCCCAAUAUUUGGCUUGGAAUUGCGGAUCAGAGAAGUGCUAUUUCUACCCUGAAGGACUACAAGCUUCUGACUGAGUUGGUUUGCUAUGAGAAUCUCCGCCUAUUGACCUGCAGCAUCUUUGUGCCUAAAUGUAUAAGGGAUGGUGGAGUAGUGCCACCCUGCCAGUCCCUCUGCCAAUCUGCUGAGAAACAGUGUCAACAUUCACUCGAGUCUCUGGACAUAAUGUGGCCUUUCAACUGUAACCUUUUCCCAGACUCUGAUGACCCGAUUGAAUGUGUCAGACCAUAGAGAUAACCCACCAUUUCAAUC